GUCGGAAUAGGUCUAUCUUGACAGAUCGUGCAUAUGUCUUAAUAAUCAGACCCUACCUGCCCAGAUCAUCCAAUCUGAAUCCCAUCCACCUUCGAUCCCUCCACUCCGUACUGCUCGUCGAAUAAAAGAGACUUAGAAGAUAAUGGUGGGCCUAUCUCAGAAGGCUCCUGCAGUACUAGAAGCCAUCAGCGCCCUUAAAGGGAAGGUCAGUCAGAUCACUCUGCAGUACCCUGAGAGAAGGAAUGCGCUCAGCAGCGCGAUGGUGUCUGCUUUGCAAGGCUGCGUGUCACAGCUGCACGAGAUGGUGAAGGAAGGGCAAUGCAGAGGAGUAUUGCUUCGCAGCACAGUGGAAGGGACGUUCUGCGCCGGAGCAGAUCUCAAGGAGCGUGCCAGCCAUCAGCCGGCUGACAUCAUCCGCUUUGGCGACUCUGUGCGGGGGCUGAUUGACAGCAUGGCGCGGCUGCCCGUGCCAGUGGUGGCAGCCAUCAAUGGGGCAGCGCUCGGGGGAGGUGCUGAGCUGUCACUGGGUGCAGACUUCAGGGCUGUGUCCGGCAGAGCAUCCAUGGGCUUCCCUGAGACCGGCCUUGGCAUUAUCCCUGGAGUGGGCGGCACACAGAGGACGCUGCGAUUGAUUGGGCCACCCAGAACCAAGCUGCUGCUGUUCACUGGCAGACGGCUGACUGGGGAAGAAGCUGUGGAUUGGGGCCUUGCUGACAUUCUGUCUGAUGACCCUGAAGAGGCUGCACUGGAGAUCCUGGAGCAGAGCUUGCAGAAGGCGCCACUGGCCCUGGCAGCAGCGAAGGCAGCGGUGGAUGACGGUUUCGAGGUGCCGUUUUCCAAGGGGAUGGCAUUUGAGCGCGCUUACUAUGCGCAGCUGUUCAACACAGAGGACAGAAUCGAGGCGCUGCAAGCCUUUGCAGAGAAACGACCGCCCAAAUUUCAAGGGCGAUGA